CAAUGCCAGGCGAGGGAGCUCCUGUCGGAGAGUGAAGCUCCGCUGCUCUCAAUGAAAGAGGGGGAGAACAGUAAUGCAGAGGGAUGUAAGAUGGCAGAGCUACAAAUGUUGUUAGAGGAAGAGAUCCCGGCUGGAAAAAGAGCGCUUGUGGAGAGCUACCAAAACCUUUCAAGGGUUGCGGAAUAUUGCGAGAAUAAUUAUGUGCAGGCACAAGACAAGAGGAAAGCCCUUGAGGAAACCAAAGCCUACACCACGCAGUCCCUGGCAAGCGUGGCCUAUCAGAUCAAUGCCUUAGCAAACAAUGUGCUACAGCUGCUGGAUAUUCAGGCUUCACAGCUGCGCAGGAUGGAGUCUUCUAUAAACCAUAUCUCUCAGACUGUGGACAUUCAUAAAGAGAAAGUUGCCAGACGAGAGAUCGGGAUCCUCACCACCAACAAAAACACGUCUCGGACCCACAAGAUCAUCGCCCCUGGCAACAUGGAGCGACCCGUGCGCUACAUCAGGAAACCCAUAGACUACACCCUGCUGGAUGAUGUGGGCCACGGUGUCAAACAAGGGAAUAACCAGCCUGCUCGGGGUGGUGGAGGAACAUUAUCAAGGACCAACCCACCCACACAGAAGCCCCCCAGCCCACCCAUGGCAGGGAGGGGUACUCUGGGACGAAACACUCCUUAUAAGACCCUUGAGCCAGUCAAGCCUCCUGUGGUGCCUAAUGACUACAUGACCAGUCCAGCACGUCUGGGCAGCCAGAACAGUCCUGGACGCACGGCUUCACUCAGCCAGAGACCCAGAACACACAGUGGCAGCAGUGGGGGCAGCGGUGGUCGGGAGAAUAGCAGUAAUAGCAUGGGAAUCCCUCUGGCUGUACCAACACCCUCCCCUCCCAGUAUGGCACCAGUAGUUCCUCCAGGUCCAGGUCUGGGUCCAAUCCCUAUGUCUCAGUUUGGGACGAUCUCUCGGCAGAUCUCCAGACACUCCUCCACCACUUCCUCCUCCACCUCUAUGGUAUCAGCUACAGGCACCUACCGACGUGCCCCCGCCAGCUCCUCGCAGUUCUCUGUGCCUCAACCACACCUGAAUGGAGGUCCCACAUACCCCCAGAACACAAUGUCUGUCGCUCCACCACCUCCACCCAUGGUGCAGCUGACGCCCCAGAUUCCCCUCACUGGCUUUGUGGCCAGAGUUCAGGAGAACAUAACAGACAGCCCAUCUCCACCUCCUCCUCCUCUACCUGAGGACACGCCCAUAUUUGAGGAAGCAGCUCCGCCCCCUCCACCUCCACCUGUGGAUUAUGAUGAAGAAGACGCAGCCAUGGUGCACUACAAUGACCCCUACGCUGAUGGAGACCCCCACUGGGCCCCGAAGUCCUACCUAGAGAAGGUGGUGGCCAUCUAUGACUACUCAAAGGACAAAGACGAUGAGCUUUCCUUCAUGGAGGGCGCCAUCAUCUACAUCAUCAAGAAAAAUGAUGACGGCUGGUUCGAGGGCAUCUGUAAUGGCGUGACUGGACUGUUUCCUGGCAACUACGUCGAAUCCAUCAUGCACUAUGCUGACUAAGCUGCCAAUCAGUUACAAACAUUGCAAAGUGCAUUAGGAUAUGACUGAAUGUUUGUUUUUGUCCAAUAGCCAAUGUAUCCAAGCUUCUACAAUGCUCUUUGUUUGAGGAGACAGGGCUUGUAAUGCUUUUACACAGAAUAUGAAAAGAAACAACAGAUCUCUCUUCAUUCUGGUUAGGUUGCCUAAUAUAUUUUGUACAUAUAUUACAGUGAGAAAUUGCCUGUAGGCUGUUGCUAGUGUUUGUUUUUGUGCGUAUUUUGUCAGUGUACUGAGACCCGUGUUUGCCAAGUGUCAACUAGGGCUAGUUAGUUUUUUUUUGUUUUUUUUUUUUAAAUAAAUGUCAUGCUCUUCCUUUACAUCAGGAAGAAAUGCUUGAAUGUCAUUUCUGAAUUGUUAUUAUGCCUGGCAAAGAAUAUGAAAAUGACAAUGAUUGCAUGUCCUGCAUUUCGACUAAGGACUUGCUGAUAUUUUCUAUAAUUUUGCCUCUCUUAUUUCGUCUCAUGACUGUAAGGUGAGGGUAAAAACAGAUGCAGUAAGGGGCAGAGGUGCUCCUGGAUAUCAAACUGAACUCCAUAUUGGCAAAUUUCUCGAAACCUGUCAAGAACAUUUAUGGGUCAUAUUUCAAUCCAAAUAUCACAAGAAAGAAUUAAGAAAUUAUAUUUUGCUUAAAGAAAACAAAUCCUUUUAUUAGGACUAUAUAAGGGAUAGUUCACCCAAAAACGAAAAUGCUCUCAUCAAUUACUCACCCUCAUUCCAUACUAGUUGUGUAUGACUUUAUUUCUUCUGCUGAACACAAAGUAAGAUUUUUAGAAGCAUAUCUCGGCUCAGUAGGGCGAUA